UUGCUUUGAUCUCAAACGAGCACCAAAUAAAGAAGCGACGUUGUCACGUUGUGAGCGCGAUGCGUUUCGGUGAAAGAUAAAAUAGAGUCGUUAUGGCCAAAGUUAUAGUGCAGUCAGAGGACACGGUAGAAUAUUAUGAUGAUCGGGUGGUGGGAAGUAAGGUGUUAGUUUCCAGUUGUAGGACAGCAUUUGAUUGGCCAGUUUUAGACAGAACCGUAUUUAACAGUUUGUGAUGAUAAAAUAGAAAUCAGCUGUCAUCAAGACCAAGAGGAAAAUAAAUUAAACACAUGCAUGCUAAGUCCAUUGAAUAUAGAUACUUUUAACAAAAAUUCAUACAAAUUAGGGCAUAUCCCGAAUACUGAUGUUAAUAUUUCACAGCAAAGAACUUUAUCAGAUAUUGGGAUCGAUCAACCACUUUUGGCGGCAAAAUGAUGGAGUCGAUUUAAAUGACGUUUACGUUAAAGUAAUGUUUCGAUUUUACUCAACUGGCAUGGUAGUGGCAAUCGUUUUCUUUUUCUUCCAAAUGGCCAUGUUAGGUGGCAAUCCGUCAUUUCCGAGCUACAUGCCAGAAGGGAUUCCGUUCUAUCUCGUCUAUAUCUACGAAAUUUUCGUGGUUUUGACCGGCGUGAUUUUUCCUCUGGUUUUCUCAGGUCUGUUCUUCAUGACCAUCAUAAUGCUUCUCCAGAAACAGUUCAAACUUCUGAACGAACAGCUUGUGAAAACGUUUGACUGCGAGCCGUACGUUUUGGAAAGUGAAAAAAUCGUUAAAAGGAAUAUCAAAAGGUGUAUUCGACAUCAUAAUUUUCUCUUGAGAUGCAUUGCAGAUUUGAAUUCGGUUCUUUCGAAAACUUUGUUGACCCACAUUUUCUUUAUGGUAUCUGGAGUCUGCACUCAUAUGUAUUCUUUAUCAUUAGUUGAAAAUAUUGACGAGAUGAUAGAGCCCGCAUUGAGAAUAUUAAUGGGAUUGUUUGAAUUGAACCUCUGCUUUUCUUUACCAGCGCAAUCGAUGGUUGAUCAGGCAGAGCAACUGGGUCUGAGCUUGUACAUGAGCAAAUGGUACAAAUAUCCAGGAUACGCAAAAUCUGUACUUAUCGGACUAUCUAGCGAUAAUAUUGAAACGUUCAUCGAUAUUGGUGGAUUUGGCAGACUUAACAUGCAGACUUGUUUGCUGACAAUGAAGACGACGAUGUCCUAUUUUAUGUUUCUUCGUACAAUAGAAUCAAUUCAAUAAAUCACAGA